CGUCGUAACGCCUCGGCUUCGUACUCUGUUCCACAAGCAUAGAGCGGCAAUAAUUUUUGACCGUGUUCUCCAAAUUUGUGAUAAAUAAAACAUAAGAAUAUUAAAUAUUCUAAUUUUCUAGCAUUACUCUAACCAAAACAAGAUGACCAGAGCCAGUAUCGAAUUGGGCGAUGUAACUCCCCACAACAUAAAGCAAUUGAAAAAACUCAAUACUGUGGUGUUUCCCGUAUCCUAUAACGACAAAUUCUAUGUGGAUGUCUUAGAGGCUGGUGAAUUAGCGAAGUUAGCCUAUUACAAUGACAUUGUGGUGGGAGCAGUGUGCUGUCGCAUUGAUACUUCCGAGAAUCAGAGACGAUUGUAUAUAAUGACAUUGGGAUGUUUGUCACCAUAUCGCAGACUAGGCAUUGGUACUGUCAUGUUUCAGCAUAUAUUGAACUACGUGGAGAAGGACGGUAAUUUUGAUAGCAUUUUUUUGCAUGUCCAGGUGAAUAAUGAAAGUGCCAUUGAGUUCUAUAAGAAAUUUGGCUUUGAAAUUGUGGAAACCAAAGAGCAUUACUAUAGACGCAUUGAACCCGCUGAUGCUCAUGUACUGCAAAAGACUCUGCGCAAAACUGACCCUGAGGCCAGCCAACCAACAAGUGUUCAAUGCAAUGGCCAAACAGAGAAAAGAGACAAGAAAGCUUAAUGGCAAGAAGCUGGACUACUUAAAAUUUGACGUUUGCAUGCGAACGUUACAUCCCACGCAUCCGCUCCUUUAAAAACACACACAUACACACAAGCGCAUCCGUUCACUGGAACCAGUUCUCAUGAUUUGUAUAAACAAAUAAGAAAAACAAACGUAAACACAUCCUUUAACGAAUGCAUCAACCCAGGAUGAUAAUUUAAUGUUAGGCUAUCUAUUUAAAAUAAAACAAUCGUAUGUACAACAUUAA